GUGGAUGUGUCCAUUAGAGAGGUUAAAUAUAAUGAUUGAGAAGCAGAUAGUGAACAAUUGCAUUAUAGGUCGACGAGUAUCUAAAACAAUCACACACACUUCAUCAGUUACUCAAGUAUAUGUUGUGGAGAUGUACACUAGCCGGAAUACCAGCACUUUGGGUCUACGCUUAGCAUGUGGACUGGUUCUCCUCGUAAUUGCUGCUGCUUCUGCGAAGAAAAACUGGGCAAGAAAUUGUUUUUACUAUGAAACUUCAAUUAACUACGAAUACCAAUAUAAACUACCACGCAUUCCCAACAAAGCCAGACGCAUAGAAUUUUCUGUUACAGCGAAAAAUGAUGUACACAUCGCUUUGUCGGCACAAAAUGCGGACAUCAAUCAGAUGUACGAAAUCGUGAUCGGGGGAUGGGCUAACACCAGAUCCGUCGUCAGACGAUGCAAACAGUGUACGAACCUCGUUUCAGUUACACGCAAAUCUGGUUUCGUAAAUCCAAAUGAGUUUCGUAGUUUCUGGAUCGAGUUCGAUGGUGGUGAUAUUGCCGUAGGAUUCAACGGAGAGUCCGCGUUUAUGCGGUAUCGCGAUCCUAGCCCGCUAAACGUUAACUACGUGGGGUUCAGCACUGGAUGGCUUAGUAGAGGCAACUUUCGAUUCUGUGAUUUAGAUUGCAAAAAUCAUGAAACAAAUCUCCAGUAUAGAUAUCGUUAUAAUCUACCACGUUUACCAAAAUGUGCCACUCGUUUCGAGUUCUCCGUCAGGGCAUCAAAUGACGUACACAUCGCACUGUCGGCAGAUGAUGAAGACCUCGACUCGAUGUACGAAAUCGUCAUAGGUGGUUGGGGCGACACCAAAUCCGUCAUUAGACGAUGCAAACAGUGUGCAAACCUUGUUUCGUAUGAUCGAAGUUCCGGGUUUUUGGAUCAAAAUGAGUAUCGGCGUUUCUGGAUCCAGUUUGUUGAUGGUGAAAUUGCGGUGGGAUAUAUUGGAGAGGUCGCUUUCAUGACGUAUCAGGAUCCGAACCCGCUUGACAUCAGCUACGUGGGUUACAGCACAGGCUGGGGUAGUAGUGGAAGCUUCCAAUUCUGUGACAUAGAUUGUACCUACUCUUCAACAGAUCUUCAGUAUAAAUAUCGAUACAAUCUACCACGUGUUCCAAAUACCGUCGGUCGAUUUGAGUUCUCCGUCAAAGCAUCAAACGACGUACACAUUGCACUGUCGGCACAACGUAGAGACCUCAAUGCUAUGUACGAAAUCGUCAUUGGAGGAUGGAGCGACACCAAAUCAGUCAUCAGACGAUGCAAACAAUGUGGGAACCUAGCUUCGCAUGAUCGAAGGUCCGGGUUCCUAGAAGCAGAUGAGUACCGACAUUUCUGGAUCGAGUUCGUCGAUGGUUUAAUUUCUGUGGGAUAUUUUGGAGAGGUAGCUUUUAUGAUGUAUCAGGAUCCUAAACCGCUUAAUGUAAACUAUGUAGGUUAUAGCACCGGCUGGGGUAGUAAUGGCCGCUUCCGGUUUUGUGACAUAGGUUGUCUCCACUCUGUAACAGACGACCAGUAUAGGUAUCGGUACAACCUACCCCGUGUACCGGACGACGUCACUCGAUUUGAAUUCUCCGUCAGGGCAUCAAAUGACGUACACAUCGCACUGUCCUCACAAAAUAGAGACCUCAAUUCGAUGUACGAAAUUGUCAUAGGCGGAUGGGGCAACACCAGAUCCGUCAUUAGACGAUGCAAACAAUGCACAAACCGUGUUUCGUAUCGAAGUUCUGAUUUUCUGGACUUGCACGAGUAUCGGCAUUUCUGGAUCCAGUUUGAUGAUGGUGUCAUUUCUGUGGGAUAUGUCGGAAAGGCCGCUUUUAUGACGUAUACGGAUCCUAGCCCGUUUGAAAUCAACUUUGUUGGUUAUAGCACAGGCUGGGGUAGCAAUGGCAGCUUUUUGUUUUGCGAUAAUAUUUGGCUUGGCUUGUUUUAAAUUAUCAAAUAAUUUCAAUCAUAAAUUAGGUUACAUUUUCUCACAAAUGUGUAUUGUAAACACAGUCGUUAACAUUAGUUUUAAAUAGAUAGUUGGCGUUACUUUAUUUUCUUCUCUCAAUACUUUAUAAUCAUAUUACAGUUAGCCUAUAUUUCAAAAUGUUCUUAAUAAUGUAUCCAACCCGUUGUGUUCUGAUCUACGGUUUCAUAGUUUAUUUCAUAAGAAUAUUAUUUGAAUAAAAUUGACAAUAUUCAUAAAAA